CUCUGGUGGUGGGAGGAGGUGGAUGUGCGCGCUCUCCGGAUCCGGUUGAGUAAUAUUGGAGAGGAGACGCCCAAGGGAGCAACGGAAGUGUUCAGCGGACUCUCGUAACGGAAGUGUUCAGCGGACUCUCGUAACGGAGGUGUUCAGCGGACUCUCUUCACCACCCUAGAGAUCCCCCCUUGUGAGCUGCCUCUCAACGUCCUCCCUCUUAGUGGAGAGCGUCCUUCGAGACGUCCAGCGGGACAUGGACGUCUUCCGGAGGCGCGACGGUGUGGCCUCUUGAUCCCUGAAAAUGAUUCGGGGCUACUGAGGCCAAGAUGGGAUUCUUAAGACUGGCUCCUCCCAUGGUGCGGGCCAGCGGGCGUGGGUGCUUCGACUCCCACCAUGCCGCACUCACCGCCGCCCUCUACACAAUUUGUUCAUCAGUGGUGGUGGUGCUGGUGUACCUGUGGAGGAUUAUCGUCAACGCCGAGGAUCCCCACCACCUCCAGGACGUCUAUUACGGUGUGCAGAUCUCCUACGUGUCUACCUUGGGCACACACAUCACUCUCAUCGCUCUCAGCUCCUUUCUCUUCAUAGGCAUACAACAGGAGAGGUGUGGCCUGGUGACGCCCUGGGUGGUGGCCAACAUCGCCUUCAUGGCCCUGGAGGCCGUCUGCUGCAUGUACUCCAAUGUUCUCAGAGACCACAUCAAUAAGAAAUUUGAUGGAAUAUGCAAAGCAGAAAUGACAUUUUUCCUGACUCGAGUUUGCAUCAAUGUCCUGGCGCUGUGGGCUGUGAUGCGGUUCUUGAAGAACAUCCGGGCUGGCAUAACAUACAAGGACCCAGAAGCCAUUGAACUCUGAGAGAGUGCACGACACCGCCUCCAGCGAGUCCGUGAUCUAGCCGCCUGUCUGUGGCUGCAGCCUGCAGUUCACGUGGUUCAAAUUAACUCUCGAGAUAUUUGGAAACGCAAGGUCCCAAGUCCUUAUAACCUCCAAAGUCUCCCGGAAGCCAUUAAUUGUGUUCUGAGAGAGUGGCAGAGACACGAUGAUAAACUGACUCCAAAAUGAUGAUUCUUCCGGGGUCCAUCAUUCCCUUCAAAUAGGUCUAUGAUCUAGACGUCUGUUGGUGGUUGCAAGAUAACUUUGAGGACGUCUUGUAAGCUUGUUGAGUGAAAUACUGUAGCUUCAAUAAUUUCCUCGAGAUGGUUCCAAGGAACUAUGUUUUAACAACCCUGAACAGGCCUCCUGAUUGGUGAUCUGGCCAACUAGGCUGUUAUAGAUGCCGCUGCUUGCAGUCUAACGUAUAAGUCAUAGCCUGGAUGAUCAGAGCCCAGAUUCACGAAGCAGUUACGCAAGUACUUACGAACGUGUACAUCUUUCCUCAAUCUUUGACGCCUUUAGUUACAUUUAUUAUUAGUUUA